AUGUCGGAAACGCAAGGCUACGGUACAUUGUAUUUUUUAUCAAAAUUAGACACCACAGUACAUUUGACGGUACUUUCUGACACAGCAAUCAAAAACUACAACAUUAAAAUCAAGGGAAGUUCAGCUGCCAACAUUUCUGUGUUCUCAACUGAGUCGAAAGCUUCAACAAUAAGCGCUGAAGGCGACCACCCCUUCACAAUAGUAGCAGCACUGAGACAGCUACCGGUACUGAACGGAACAAACGCAACUGAUUUUGGGUGUUUUAUACCCACUUCGAUUAUCCCGUCAGAGACUUUACAUAAACCUUACACAAUCGACCUGCUGACAGGUACUUACUAUCUUUUUACGCCUGACAACUUUUUUGGAGAUGAAUUCGAUGUAGAAAUCGAAGGAAGCUAUAAUGUAAGAGAAGCCUGGACUAUAGCGACAAACGUCUCUCAGCAGCUUCAUUACAUUGAUCAGCGACAGUUUGGUAAAUACGUAAUACUUCAGGGAAGUUCUGCGGUUUCUAUUUCUCACGUGUUACGUUACGGAGACUGCGGUAGAAAAAAGAACGAAGGAUAUGGUGCAUUUCUUGACAAUGUCGUAUCUGAAGUGGAAUAUGUCACUGGAACAACUGGAUACGUUGUCAGCCCGUAUGAAUCGCAAGUCACGAUUAUUGGUGAUGAGCUGACUCGACGUACCUCGAUUGAUAAUGGAGAGGCAGUUUCCCCACUUUCUUUUUCUCCUUGCAUUCGUGGUAAAAACUACUUAUUCUGUUAUUCUAAACCUGCGGGUGAAUCAAAUAUUUUCUCGUGGUUUUCGGCUAAAGGUCGGUACACUCUUUACGUAUGUACAUCUGCAGCUGAAUUUUCAUACGGUUACACACCUCGUGUCUCAGUUACUGCUUGGAUUGUGAGUAGCUCAAUUAUUUAUAGUACUAUCCGUAAUACAUAUUUCGCUCAUAUUUUAUUAAUAAUGGCAAAACAUUAA